UGACAGUUUGCCAUCACCGAACGCAUGAUCACACGAUUUAUGGAUGUGCAUCGUUUUUCUUUCUAAGCUUUUCAGUACUUCCACAAACUGAGAAAAAUGUAAAUUACUGACACUUAUCUACUUAUAAUUAUUUCAUAUUAGAAAAACAAGUAAAUAUUUUUAAGAAAGAGAAAAACAAACUUGUGGCGCUGCAUCAACUCCACGUGGUUUUGUUUUGCAUCGUUUGGGAAUAGACUUUUAUGAGUAUUAUGGUGAAAGAAAACUAAGCUAGCAUUAUUUUGAAAAAAGCAAUCUGUACAAAGUAUGGUUUAAGAAAAACUGCCUUUUUGAAAACAUGAGUUCGAUCAAUUUUAGAAGCUUUAAAUCAUGGAUUUUCAAAGUUGUUUUAUUUGUAGCAAGCAGUUGGCAUUUGACAGAAUGUUCUUCUUCUCUACAACCAAAUAUGCCUCAUGUCUGUACAGAACGACAAGUGGAAUCUGUUAAAGUCCAAAAGCCAUGUACCAGAGCAUAUACUCAAAUGACAAAAGUUUGGAAACCUAAUUGUGGUCAUCAUAGUUGGUGUGUUACUUACGAACCAAGAACUGUUUAUUACACUGGUUAUACAGACGCUUUCGAAACGAAAUAUAAUACAGUUGCAAAAUGUUGCAAUGGUUGGACGCAGAAAAAUGACGAGCCUGGAUGCUUCUACCCUCAAUGCAACGAUGGCAUGUGCUACAAUUCUGGACGUUGUCUAGGCCGAGGAAGAAGUGGCAACAAUUUUCGAUGCCUUUGUCAACCUGGUUAUCAAGGUCAUCGGUGCCAAUAUGAUGUAAAUGAAUGCAUUCUUAGUAAUGGCGGUUGUCACCAUCACUGCUGUAACACGCCGGGAAGUUUUUACUGUCGUUGCAAUCCUGGCUAUAAGCUAAAUCCAGAUGACAGAACAUGUUCAGAUAUCGACGAAUGUGAGAUGUUCAAUGGUGGUUGCCAAAGCAAAUGCAUCAACUACGAUGGUGGAUACUCCUGCGAAUGCUUGCCAGGACAACGUCUUCAUACAGAUGGCCGAACAUGCAUUGAUAUGGCUAGAUUAGAUAUGGCUAGCCGCCAGUGCAGCAUUAAUAAUGGAGGUUGUCAGCACAUUUGUGACGACAGUCAUGGAAGGGCUCGCUGUCGAUGCCGUCAAGGCUAUCGGCUCAAUCUUGACGGACGAACAUGCGAUGCUGCCAAUUCCUGUGCUCGAGACAAUGGUGGAUGCGCCCAGAGGUGCGAUACGAUAGCUGGAAGAACAGUUUGCAGCUGUUUACCCGGCUUUCAGUUGGGAAGAGAUGGUAAAACAUGUAAUGAAAUCGAUGCUUGCGCCCGGGACAAAGGCGGGUGCUCCCAUUUAUGUCAAAGUAUUAACGGACGACCAGUGUGCAGUUGCUUAUCUGGUUAUCAAAUUGGAAGAGAUGGAAAAACGUGCGAGGAAUUUGACGCAUGCUCACGAGAUAAAGGAGGUUGCACACAUAUGUGUAAAAGUGUUCAAGGACGACCUGUGUGCAGUUGUUUACCAGGAUUUCAACUUGGCCGAGACGGCAAAACUUGCGAAGAUAUUGAUGAAUGCAGUACGAACAAUCCAUGCACUCAAGUGUGCCACAACUCUCCUGGUUCUUACACAUGCAUGUGUCAUCUCCACUUCCAACUUGGAAAUGAUGGAAGAUCUUGCUUCAGGAUUGAAAUGGAAAUAGUGAAUACUUGUGCCGCUAAAAACGGCGGUUGUGACCAGAAGUGUCGCCAUGGGCCAGGUGGAGCAAUUUGCAGCUGCUACUCUGGAUACGAACUAGACGCCGACGGAAAAACCUGCAACGACAUUGAUGAAUGCCAGCGAGGCGUAUCUCAGUGUAAACAAGAUUGCAAUAAUAGCCCAGGUGGCUAUUCCUGUGCAUGUCACCUUGGCUACACUUUGGAUAGAGAUGGAAUAACUUGCAAUGAUAAUGAUGAAUGCGAAGUUAAUAAUGGAGGAUGUGACCAAAUCUGCGAAAAUAUACCUGGAUCAUACAAAUGUCUCUGUCAAGAAGGUUAUAAACUUUUAGUGGAUAAAAAGAGCUGUGACGUAGUUCCAGCCAGGCAUGCAGUACUGAUUGAAACUACUCAUAGCAGAUCAGAUACGCCACCUCAUCAGAAUUCGCCAAGGUUGCGUUUCCAAGUUACUCCUCCGACUGUGGUUCCGCUCUUGGAUGAAGAAUUUCGACAGUAUUUGGCAUUGGAAGGAUUGGACAUCAGACACUCUUGUAUACGCGGUACCUUUGGUCCAGGAUGCAAGUACAACUGUGAUGAUUGUCAGAAUGGUGGGAAAUGCGAUAUAAGAGCUGUAAGUUGCACUUGUCAACCAGGAUUCACUGGUCUCUUGUGUAAUGAAACGUGUCCAAAGGAUACUUAUGGGCAAGGUUGUACCAAGAAAUGCAAAUGCCAAAAUGGUGGCAUUUGUGAUCCUGUAACUGGCGAAUGUAAUUGCCCUCCAGGUAUACAGGGAAAGAAAUGCGAAGAUGGAUGCCCCCCUGGAAAAUAUGGUGACAAAUGUGAGAAAGAUUGCCCUCAACGCUGUCCAAGUGGUCGUUGCAACAAGAUUUUCGGUUAUUGCGAGUGUGAUGCUGGAUUAUUUGGGCCUAAAUGUAACUUACCAUGUCCUCAUCAUACCUAUGGACCAAACUGCAGGAGUCAGUGUAAAUGCGUAAAGGAACACACACAAAAGUGCAACUCAAAGACAGGAAAGUGUGAGUGCAAAGUUGGCUUUACUGGCGCUAAGUGUGAAACAGUUUGUCCACCUAACCGCUAUGGCGAAACGUGCCAGAAUGUUUGCAACUGUUCUACUGGAACUGUAUGCAAUCCUCAGAAUGGAGAAUGCUUAAAAGAAUGUCCACCAGGAUAUAACGGAACAAACUGCGACCAAGUGUGCCCCGAGGGAUAUUAUGGAACAAACUGUUUGAAAAUCUGCUUGUGCGGGCUAAGAGAAUGUGAUGCUGCCACAGGAACAUGCCUUUGCGAUGCUGGAAAAACGGGACCAUUGUGUAAUCAAGUGUGUCCUAAAGGAAAAUUUGGUAAAAGCUGUUUGAAAAAUUGUACCUGUGAAAAUGGAGCUACAUGUAACCCUAAAAAUGGGAAAUGUCACUGUCCACCAGGUUUCACUGGAAAAUCUUGUGAGAAAAAAUGCCCACCUGAGACUUAUGGUCAAGACUGCAAAAAUCAGUGCUAUUGUGAGAAUGGAGCUACAUGUGACAGAGUUAACGGCAGAUGCCAUUGUUCUGCUGGAUGGACAGGAACUAAAUGCCAUCAACCAUGCAGUCCUAGGAGUUAUGGUCCUAACUGCCAAAAACAAUGCGAAUGCUUACAUGGAGAAAAAUGCGACAGAUUUUCAGGCGAAUGUAUUUGUCUUCCUGGUUGGACUGGACCACUCUGCGAUAAACCUUGCCCUGCUGGCAAAUAUGGUAAAAACUGUCAACAAUGCCAAUGUGAAAAUGGAGCGGCGUGUGAUCAUAUCAGUGGAGCUUGCACUUGUGGACCUGGGUGGCGAGGAACAUUUUGCGAGACGCCCUGCCCACCUGGAUUCCAUGGCAUAGAAUGUAACCAAAGCUGUGACUGUGGUCACGGUAUAGAUUGUCAUCCAGAAACAGGUAUAUGCCGUUGUCCAAAAGGAAAGCAUGGUGAUAAGUGCUUGAAAACUUGCCCACCCGGUACCUUUGGAAAUUCGUGCCAAGAGCGUUGUUUGUGCCAGAAUGGCGCGAUUUGCGAUCCUACUAACGGCACAUGCCUUUGUCUUCCUGGGUGGCAUGGUAAUACAUGCCAGUUGGCUUGUCCCAGUGGAACAUACGGAUUUGCUUGUGAAGGAGUUUGCCUUUGCCAGAACGAUGCAACGUGUGAUCUCAAAGAUGGUCGCUGCAACUGCAAACCUGGUUAUAGAGGGCAGUAUUGUUCUAAAGUUUGUGGUGAGGGUUUGUUUGGUAAAGAUUGCUCUCACAUAUGUUCGUGUGGAAAAGACAAGCCUUGUCAUCAUGUUACAGGAAAAUGUUCUUGUCCUCCUGGAAAAAUUGGAAAAGGCUGCGAACAAAAUUGUCCUGAAGGAAAAUUUGGACCUGAUUGCAAAGAAAACUGCAGUUGCCUUCCAAACCAGUUGUGUGAUCCAGCCAAUGGUCAAUGUUUCUGUAAAUCAGGAUUCCAAGGCCCUAGCUGUGACAAAAUAUGCCCGGAAGGUACUUUUGGAAUUGGUUGCUCAGAUCACUGCAAUUGUGAACAUGGAUCUAGCUGUGACCCAUUGACUGGGGAAUGUAUUUGCAAACCUGGAUUUACUGGGCCAACUUGCGAGCAGGAAUGCCCUGCAGGAUACCAUGGCGAUCAAUGUCUCAAAACAUGUCAUUGCCAAAAUGGAGCAUCUUGCGAUCCAUCAACUGGACAGUGCAUUUGCCCCCCAGGAUUAACAGGAAAAUAUUGCGAAGAAGCUUGUCCAGUAGGAAAAUUUGGCAAAGAUUGCAAAGAAGAAUGCAGUUGUGAGAAUCACAAAUGUGACCCCAAAACCGGUACAUGCCUCUGCCCUCCUGGUACAACAGGCUUAGAAUGUGCAGAAGGCUGCCCUCAUGGUUUCUUCGGACCAAAUUGCCAGUUAGAAUGCCAAUGUAAACAAAAUGCUUCUUGUGAUCCUGUAACAGGUUGCUGCCAUUGCCCAAACGGAUUUGUUGGCACACUUUGCGAAUAUGAAUGCCCAGCUGGAUGGUAUGGAAAGUCAUGCUUACAACAGUGCGAAUGCAUGGGUACUGCGAUAUGUAAUCCAGUAACAGGAGUGUGUACAUGCCCAGCUGGUCAACACGGCACUAAAUGUGAAAAAACUUGUGUACAAGGUUUCUACGGACAUGGUUGUCAGGAAGAGUGCAACUGCGGUAGUCACUCUUGUGACCCAGCUACUGGCGAGUGCCACUGUCCGCCUGGAUUUACUGGCCCUCAGUGUAAAGAAAUGUGUCGUGAUGGUAAAUAUGGACCGGGAUGUCAACAACGCUGCCAGUGCCAACAUGGGGGAACGUGUAAUCCUACCACUGGUAAAUGCACAUGUCGUCCAGGGUGGAUUGGAUCAACAUGUGACAUGUCAAACGGGUCCAUUUUUGGAAAUGAUGACGAUGAAACUGCCAAUGGUAUCAGUUAACCCAUGAGCUUAUGAAACAUUUUGAAAAGGACAUUAUCUAGUUCAAGUCAUCACGAAGCACUUGCGUUGAGCUGUAUUACUGGCCUUGUGCCAUAAGACAAUUCAACUUAUAGAUCAUAUUUCUCAGGAAAAUGAAAAUUAUCCUCUAUAGAAACAAUUCAAAAUUUCAUAGAAAGCAAUCACACAUUUUUGUGAUUCAAUAGCAUUUGAAGCACGAAAAUACUUUUUUUUUCUUUGUAUAUUACCGCAUGUAUCUACUUGUUAUGUCAAACAGUCAAGAUUUCAUUUACGAAUUGAAUUCUGUUUCAUUUUUUUUUCAUUCACGAUACUAAAUACAUUUUGAAAAAAAAAAAAAAAAAAAUCUUGCGAAUUUCUGCUUUUAAGCAAAAUUUCUGAUGUAUGAAAAUCAUUAUCAUAUAUUACUUUGGUUGCAAAAUUUCGUCUUAUGCAUUAAUUUGUUCUUUUGAAUUUUUUCAAAUUAAGCAAAUAUGUGAUAACACACAUGAUCAUAUUUUUUAUUCCAAGAUUAUACCUUUUUAUAGUGAUAUCGAUUGCGCGUAGGUAAUUAAACUUUGCUAUUUUGUAAUUUACACAGAAACAGCAUAUGGUUUUCGUAGUAACAUAAUUGAUAAGAAAUUUUUUUCAUUGUUUAUUUUUUUCUUUCGAACAAAAAACAUUUUUUUUAAAAUUCAGAAUUCAAUAAAUUGGUUAUUUGGAGUCGUGACUGUACAGUUUCUUCUGUUUAUCAGCUCAUGUUUAAAUUUUUGACAAAAUGAAAAGUGCCAUUUAUGUUUUUUAUGUAUCUAAAUUAUACUUAGUUAGUUUGUGCUCAUGUGAUGUGUACAGAAUGUAUGUUAUUUUGAUUCGUAAAUUCAAUCAAUAUUUCUGAGGGAAGCAAUUAAAAUGUGCGUAAUAUUUGUAUAUUUAUUUCUGCUAUUAACUGCUAAUUGAAAUUCGUGAACAUUGAUUAAUGAGCUGAAAGCAAUACCAUACAGGGUGAAAUAAAAAAAAUAUUAUCCAAAUCACGUAGAUUUUGUUCAUUUAUAUAAAUGACAAAAACCAUAUGUUCAAUGAAAAUGUCAGCUUUAGGGAAGUCAACUUUUCAUAUUGCUGUAGCAGUUUGACAUCCUCAUCAUGCAAUGCUCUUUCACACGUUGUGCCAUUACAAUUUCCAAUUUCUACGAGUAAAUUGACAGCAAUAUAGUUAGUUUCACUGCACAUACGUUCCUAGCACUUGCAGACCACAUUUGCGAAUGUAAGUCCAUGAUUGUCAUUGGUUGAAUUCAUUCAAAAAUAAAUAUCAGUUCUUCA